UUUAGUAAGUCAUCUGUACUUUGUGCGUGCUUCGUUUAUCAUCUACAAAAUUACUUAGCAAAAUGAUUUACUCAAUUCUGAUCAUAUCUGCCUGUCUUUUGGGAGCAAAUGCAUCACCGGUGCUUGUCAAAAUGCCAACGCAGAUGGUUGACAAAGUGAAGAUAGCUGCAGAUCAAUGCAUUAAGAAUACCGGAGCUCCGGCCGACUCCUUGACCAACACGUUACCUUGGAACCUCCCCGAAAACGAAACAAAUGAAAAAUAUUUAUUCUGCCUUUGCAAAUCAUUGAAUUUAAUAAACGAUCAAGGUUAUUUUAAUUAUGAAAGAACAAUGAAAAUCUUCGCCAACAGCGAUAAGAAAGAGGCCAUUGAGAAAACUUUCAACGAAUGUAAGGCAUCGAAAGCUAAAGAUCAGUAUGAAACUGCCUACAAGAUAGUAGAUUGUUUCUUUAAAAACGGUCCUGUAUCAUUAUCGUUGUAGAGCGAUUCUUCUGAUAUCUAUCUUAUACUUAUUUAUAUGAAAAUAAUGUAAAUCAUUCAAAUCAAACACAUUAAGGGUCAAAAUAUUUUAUUUAUGGUAACAAAAUUCAUUUUAUAAAUCUAUUAAAUAGAUAAUAUAUAUCAUUAAA